AUGUGCAACUGGCAAGGCCUACGUGCGAAUAUCCUGCGCGAUACAAUCUUCCUCGAUGGUGGGCAGCUAUGGUAUCAAAGAGAGUAUGAUGAUGGUUGCGUUCAACCCCAACCGGAUGAUAAUGUGAAAUCCACCAUCCGUUACCUAAAUCUUACCACUUCUUUCAACACUACAUCGGAUUUCAUGCAUAUCCUCAAAGAUAUGCUUGUCGUUGGCGGUUCUACUAGUUUAGCUCCGACUUACGUUGAUGGCACAAUGUUGGCCAAUGACAACGAGUUCUAUCUCUAUGGAGGCAUGCUUCUUGAUAACGGAAAUCCUAAGCCUCCGUCAGCUAAUGAGGUCCUGACGUACGCCGCGCACCAAUAUGGCGCUUAUAGAACCUCGUGGGCGCCCGGCUGGAACCAAGAAUAUCUCCCUACAAAUGUCACACGGUAUAUCACCAAUGGCGCUGCCGCUUCCGCACCCAGUGAGAACCUAGGCUUUUACUUCAGUGGGAUGCGUGCGCAGGACUGGGGCGAUUUCAAUCUAAGACAGCAACAAUCCAAUCAAACAGCCGAUACGCUAAUCACCCUGGACAUGUCGGUGCUGAACGACGCGAAGUGGACAAACGACACACUGCCGAGCUAUAUUCCUGCCCGUUCCAAUGCGGAACUGGUCUGGGUACCUGUAUCCAAGUCCGGAGUUUUAGUUGCCAUUGGCGGAGUGAUUGAUCCCAUUCUGUUUUUCAGGAAUGACAAAGCAAACUCAUCACGGACGGCAGAGAGCAAAAGGAUUAGCCCGACAUUCAUGGACACUGUCUCUGUCUUCGAUGUCGAGAGUAAAACCUGGUAUCUCCAGAAAACGAAGGGUGAUAUACCGCCGCAGUUGACGGAGUUCUGCUCUGUACUUGCAAGUGCGGAAGAUGGAUCAUCUCAUAAUAUCUACAUCUAUGGGGGGUAUGACGGUCUCAAGUAUAACGCCAACCCGUCCGACGACGUGUAUAUAUUGUCUCUGCCUUCCUUCGAGUGGUUCAAAGCGUACAGCGGUACAAACAAACACAGUCGCAGUGGUCAUCGAUGCAUCAAAGUAUAUCCCGAUCAAAUGCUGGCAGUUGGAGGUCAACAUGUCGACUCGACUCGGUGCUUGGAGGGCGGUGUCAUUGUCAACUUUAAUCUCAACACCCUGAAAUUUGAGGAUGAAUAUGAUCCCGCAAAGUGGAGUAAGUACAAAGUACCAGAUCUUGUGACAAAGCAUAUAGGCGGCAACUCCGAUGGAGGUGCAACCGUCACCGCUCCAUCAUCAUGGACCAACAGCUCUCUAGGGACAGUUUUUGGCAAGAAGUACAGCAAGAUUGUCAAGACAUAUUGGCCAUACAAUAGCACAAGCAACGAUACCAGCGCUAGUGGCUCCGUGGAAGAUCACAACGGGCGCAGCGGAUUCCCCAGCUGGGCUGGUGGAGUAAUCGGCGCAGUCUUGGGUCUCCUCAUCAUUGCGGUCCUUGUCGGACUCUUCUUCCUUCGCCGACGUCACCGUAAACGCAAGGCUGCGGAAGCCGAAUCAGAAGCCAUAGAGGCUAAAAAUAGGAACAGUCGCCCAGAAUGGAUGUACGCGAGCGGCCCAGCCUCCUCUGGACUGGGGCCAGGAUCUGAGACAGGGCAGACAGUACAGACAAUGAAUACCACGCCAACUCAGCGCUCAACAACACAGCCAUCGAUGACACAGGCUUCAACUGUGCCGGAUUCCUUCGUCUCGCCCGCGACCCCUGGCACGGUAGAAUCUGGAGGAGGUGCGCUAUAUGAGAUGCAGGAUUCAUCACCCGUUGAACUCCCCACGCCAUUCAACGCCCCCUCCGUCGCCCAGGGUAUAACUCCGAAGCCCGAUCCGAGACGAGGCUCCCAAUCUCCUGUCUCACCGCAAACUUAUAGUGAGACGGGCUCGGAGUACUCCUAUCCAACAGGCCACAGCCGGCGCCCAUCUUCACUGUCAAUAGCAUCGCCAACGUCGAUUGAGAACGUGAUGAGCGGUCGGCCGUCGCAUUUUUAUGAAUCUUUUGAUAGUUCAGAUAACCGGCGAGCAGCCCAUCGAUCUGAUGUUUCCCAGCUGACCGACCAUUCAGAAGAGAAGGGGUGGAAAGAGGGCAGUGCGACGAUUCGUGAGGAUGAAUAA